UUCGGUGGUCUCUACAAAGAUGGAUAUUUAUCCAAGCAAACAUCUACAUGCACUUGUGUAGUUAUUUGGAUCUAACUAAACUGAGAAGUAUCCUGAGUUUUGCAGCAUCUUUAAGGAACGUCAUCUCCCAGCAGUCAAGCAUUAAUCAGCAGAUUGACUUCACCUGUGCUCCUGUUUAAAGGCCGUUGAGAGUCCAUGCAGGAAGCUCAGCUGUUGACCAAUGGGAAUUGUGCUUGCUCUCUGGAGGACUGCAGCACACAAGUUGGUGGUUGAAGUGUUGCUGAACAGGAAGUUGCAGUGUAAACUUGACAGCGCUUCAACAGACAUGAGGGUCUCUUAUCAGACUCUAGUCUUGCUUUUCUUAGCAGGCUUAUGCUCACUCGAGAGCUAUCCGGUUCACACAUUCUUCAGCAGACCGAUCCCAGGGACUCUCCAGAACGUCAGUAAGAAUGACACUGGGGUGAAGGAGGCCGUCCUGACUGGAACCGACUCCUUUAAUAAUAAAUCCAACGAUGCCUUCCUGUUCAGAGCAUCGGCUGUUGAUGAGGCAAAGAGACAGAUAGUUAAAGGAAUCCGCUAUAUUCUGGAAGUGGAGAUCUCACGGACCGUGUGCAGGAAGAGGAGCAACACUGACCUCGACAACUGUCCCUUCCAGACAGACCGUCUCUUACAACAGACAUUCUUCUGUCACUUUGAUGUCUGGUCCAUUCCAUGGAUGAAGAAAAUGUCAACAACCGAUUUUGAAUGUCGUUCAAAUGAGAUAUUCUGAAAAUAGUAUUUCACCUGAAAUGUCAUGCUUAAUUGAAUCGCAAACUGGAUGUGAAAAUAAAGUGAGCUGCAGUUAACCGUGCAGUGAUUGGAUCUCAUGUACAGUGACCUUCAGUUCAUCAGAUGCUGA